AUGGAACAACGACGCGGCCGAAUCCCAGUGCGGCAGCAUAAUUCUGCAGAUCCAGCGGAACGUCGAAGACGCACGAGAAAACCCCGCGGCCGGGGUCUCCGCACAAAAACUGGAUGCCUGACAUGUAGAAAGCGACACAAGAAAUGCGAUGAGGUUCUGCCCACCUGCGGCCCUUGCAGCGUCUCGUCGCGGCAGUGCGUCUUCCCAGCAACACCAGGCGAGCAUCCGCAGGGUGAUGCGCAGGAAGGACAGCGCCCUGCCACGACGUCCAAGUCUCCCGCGACAGACGACGAUGUUCGCGCAGAACGAAAUGGAACGCCAACCUCAAGAGCGAAUGAAGAACAUGACACGUCGCAGCAGCCUUUGAGGCCUUCAUUACCGCCCCCAGCAAACCCGCCGCCACGUUCCGAGGUCCAUGCAUCUCUACCACCAGUUCCCUCCGUCAUCUCGCCUCAAAACACGUUUUCUAGGAUAGGUGUACCACUUGGAGAGGCACCGCACUUCUCUUGCUCACCAGCAGACACCAUCACCUCGGAAACCUGGACGACUGACCUUGCAUCAACGCGAUGGCUCGGUCUCCUCGCCACAGAUGCCGCUCAGGCUGACAGCGGCUUCUCCCUAGCUCCCAGCCCAGAGCGCGAUGAUCUUUCUGUGCAACACGAACCCAGCUUCGACGCACAGGCGCUGGCCAACGGCAUCAGAGCAGCCCCCCAGUUUGAGACGGCAGCGUGGCAGAGCAACGUCGACGCCACACUGACAGGUCACGAAGCCGUCCUCUUUCGCCAUUUCGCAGAGCGCUCGUCGCGGUGGCUCGAUCUCUUUGAUCCGCAAAGGCACUUCUCCACGUACGCAAUACGACUGGCGCUGCGGAACACGGGUCUCAUGAAGGCCAUACUGGCCCUGUCGGCCAAGCAUCGCGCCCGCUCACGGGGCAUCUGCCCUGGAUUCGACGCCCAUGAGAGCGCCACAGAGGCGGCGAGCGCGGGCGGCGAAAAUGAAUGGAUAGGGUACUACUACGAGACGCUGCACUACCUGUCCGAGGCCCUCGCCUACAAGUCAUACACCAACUCGGAAGAGCUGCUCGCCACGGCCAUCACCAUAUCCGCGUACGAGAUGCUGGAUGAGUCCGACGGGCAGGGCAACUGGCAGCGCCAUCUCAAGGGCGUCUUCUGGAUCCAGCGCUCGCAGGACGUUCACGGGGCCUCGGGGGGUCUGCGUCAGUCCGUGUGGUGGGCGUGGCUGCGGCAGGAUCUCUGGGCCGCCUUUCGCGAGAGGCGGCAUUGUCUCAGUUUCUGGGUGCCGGUGCAGGACUACGCAGAGCUGGACCAGCAUGCCAUGGCGAACCGUGCGAUAUACCUGCUCUCGCAAGCGGUGAACUACUGCGCCGACGCGAGGGGCGUCGAUGGGUCGGCCAAGACGAAUGACCUCUCCGCGGCCAUGAAGAGACGACCGACCAAGGAAGGGCUGCUGGCCGACAUGACGCGCUGGAAGUCCUUUCUGGGGGCCGGCUACAAGCCGCUGCCCACCCAAGGGGCGCCGGACGACGUCUUUACACCCAUGUGGGUGCAUCCGCCUCAGUUUGGCGUGGCUCUGCAAGCGUACAGCUUCGCGCUGAUCCUCGUGACGCUGCACAGUCCCCAUUCCGCUGGCUUUGACGGCUACCUCAAAAUGCAGCGGACGCUUUCUGGCUGCGUGGAUACCAUCUGCGGAAUCGCCAUGGAGCUGAGGGACGAGGGCUGUCAGAUUCUCUCUGCACAGUGCCUGUAUGGUGCCGGGCUGUGCGUGCAGGAUCGCGUCAAGCGAGACAAGAUUCUGAGUCUGAUGGAGGCGGCCGAGCAGAAAGUAGGCUGGACGCCCAUGGCGACGUGGCGUGAUGAUCUGCGCCGUGAAUGGGCCCGUGUGGACAAGGAGCACGAGGAGGAGUAGAUUGUUUGACUGUUUGUCUAUAUAUUCCCGCCUCUU